AUGGCGGCGCGGCGGUGCGCGGGCGGCGCGGCCGCUUUAGCCGAGGCGCCGGGCUGCGGCGCGGCGGUGGAGCCGGCCCGGGAGCUGUUCGAGGCCUGCAGGAACGGGGACGUGGAGCGGGUCAAGCGGCUGGUGCGGCCCGAGAACGUGAACAGCCGCGACACGGCGGGCAGGAAGUCCAGCCCGCUGCACUUCGCCGCAGGUUUUGGUCGGAAGGAUGUAGUGGAAUACUUACUGCAGAGUGGUGCCAAUGUCCACGCACGAGAUGAUGGAGGCCUUAUCCCACUUCACAAUGCUUGCUCUUUUGGUCACGCCGAAGUUGUCAAUCUCCUCCUGCGGCACGGUGCAGAUCCUAAUGCUCGGGACAAUUGGAAUUACACUCCCCUUCAUGAAGCAGCCAUUAAGGGCAAAACAGAUGUCUGCAUUGUAUUGCUGCAGCAUGGUGCUGAACCAACCAUCCGGAACACAGAUGGAAGAACAGCUUUGGAUUUAGCAGACCCAUCUGCAAAAGCAGUGCUGACUGGUGAAUACAAGAAAGAUGAGCUCUUAGAAAGUGCCAGGAGUGGAAAUGAAGAAAAGAUGAUGUCUCUCCUUACACCAUUGAAUGUUAACUGUCAUGCAAGUGAUGGCAGAAAGUCUACUCCUCUACAUUUAGCAGCUGGGUAUAACCGUGUAAAAAUAGUACAGCUCUUACUCCAGCAUGGGGCUGAUGUGCACGCUAAGGAUAAGGGAGAUUUGGUGCCACUUCACAAUGCCUGUUCCUAUGGUCAUUAUGAAGUAACAGAGCUUCUAGUAAAGCAUGGAGCAUGUGUGAAUGCAAUGGAUCUGUGGCAGUUCACUCCUCUGCAUGAAGCAGCUUCUAAGAACAGGGUGGAAGUAUGCUCUCUUCUGUUAAGUUAUGGUGCUGACCCAACACUGUUGAACUGUCACAACAAAAGCACCAUUGAUUUGGCUCCAACGCCCCAGUUAAAAGAACGAUUAGCAUAUGAAUUCAAAGGUCACUCACUGCUACAAGCUGCAAGAGAAUCAGAUGUUGCUCGUAUAAAGAAACAUCUUUCUUUGGAGACAGUUAACUUCAAGCAUCCUCAAACACAUGAGACAGCACUGCACUGUGCUGCUGCAUCUCCAUAUCCUAAGAGAAAACAAGUAUGUGAAUUGCUGCUGAGGAAAGGAGCUAACAUUAAUGAAAAGACAAAAGACUUCUUGACUCCUCUGCAUGUGGCAUCAGAAAAAGCUCAUAAUGAUGUUGUUGAAGUAGUUGUGAAACAUGAAGCUAAGGUUAAUGCAUUGGAUAACCUUGGCCAGACCUCUCUUCAUAGAGCAGCACAUUGUGGUCACCUCCAGACUUGUAGGUUGUUGUUGAGUUCUGGAUGUGAUCCUUCCAUUGUGUCUCUGCAGGGCUUUACAGCCUUACAAAUGGGGAAUGAAAGUGUGCAACAACUACUACAAGAAGGUAUCCCUCUAGGUAAUUCAGAUGCAGAUCGACAGUUGUUGGAGGCUGCAAAGGCUGGUGAUGUAGAUACUGUUAAAAAACUGUGUACAGUUCAAAGUGUGAACUGCAGAGAUAUCGAAGGGCGUCAGUCUACACCACUUCAUUUUGCAGCUGGAUACAACAGGGUGUCUGUUGUUGAAUAUCUUCUUCAGCAUGGAGCUGAUGUGCAUGCAAAAGAUAAGGGAGGACUUGUUCCUUUACAUAAUGCUUGCUCGUAUGGUCACUAUGAGGUUGCAGAGCUGCUUGUUAAACAUGGUGCAGUUGUCAAUGUAGCUGACUUGUGGAAAUUUACUCCCUUACAUGAAGCUGCAGCAAAAGGAAAAUACGAGAUUUGCAAACUGCUAUUGCAGCAUGGAGCUGACCCCACAAAGAAGAACAGAGAUGGAAAUACUCCUUUAGACCUUGUUAAAGAUGGCGAUACUGAUAUUCAAGACCUACUUAGAGGAGAUGCAGCUCUACUAGAUGCUGCUAAGAAAGGUUGUUUGGCCCGGGUUAAAAAGCUCUGUUCACCUGACAAUGUCAACUGUCGGGACACACAAGGACGGCAUUCAACACCACUGCAUUUAGCAGCUGGUUACAACAAUUUGGAGGUUGCAGAGUACCUGCUACAGCAUGGAGCAGAUGUGAAUGCUCAGGAUAAAGGAGGUUUGAUUCCUCUGCAUAAUGCUGCAUCUUAUGGGCAUGUAGAUGUGGCAGCUUUGCUUAUAAAGUAUAACGCGUGUGUGAAUGCUACAGACAAAUGGGCUUUCACACCUUUGCAUGAAGCAGCCCAGAAAGGAAGGACACAGCUUUGUGCCUUGUUGCUGGCACAUGGGGCUGAUCCUACUCUGAAAAACCAGGAAGGACAAACAGCUUUAGACCUGGUCACUGCGGAUGAUGUCAGCGCACUAUUGACAGCAGCAAUGCCUCCUUCUGCCUUACCAUCUUGCUACAAACCUCAGGUUAUAAGUGUAUCUCAGACAGCAGGUUCUACAGCUGAUCCCCUGUCAUCUGUUCCAUCCAGUCCAUCCAGUCUAUCUGCUGCAAGUAGUCUUGACAAUUUGUCUGGUAGUUUUUCUGAACUUCCAUCAGUUGUUGGUACAAACAGUGCAGAGGGAGCUACUGUUCUGGAGAAGAAAGAAGUCUCAGGUGUAGAUUUCAGCAUAAAUCAGUUUGUGCGGAACCUUGGCCUUGAACAUCUAAUCGACAUAUUUGAGAGAGAACAGAUAACACUUGAUGUGUUGGUUGAAAUGGGGCACAAAGAAUUGAAGGAAAUUGGAAUUAAUGCUUACGGCCAUAGGCACAAAAUCAUUAAAGGAGUUGAAAGGCUGAUUUCUGGACAGCAAGGACUUAACCCAUACCUGACUCUAAACACCUCCAGUAGUGGAACUCUUCUCAUAGAUCUUUCCUCUGAAGAUAAGGAGUUUCAGUCAGUAGAAGAGGAGAUGCAGAGUACUGUCCGAGAGCACAGAGAUGGAGGACAUGCUGGGGGAGUCUUCAAUAGAUACAACAUUUUAAAGAUUCAGAAAGUCUGCAAUAAAAAGCUGUGGGAAAGAUACACUCAUAGGAGGAAAGAAGUCUCUGAAGAGAAUCAUAACCAUGCUAAUGAAAGGAUGCUGUUUCAUGGCUCCCCAUUUGUGAAUGCAAUCAUUCACAAAGGCUUUGAUGAAAGACAUGCUUAUAUAGGUGGCAUGUUUGGAGCUGGGAUUUAUUUUGCUGAAAAUUCUUCCAAAAGCAAUCAAUAUGUGUAUGGGAUUGGAGGUGGCACUGGAUGUCCAAUUCACAAAGACAGAUCCUGUUAUGUUUGCCAUAGGCAGUUGCUGUUUUGUCGUGUAACGCUGGGCAAGUCUUUCCUGCAGUUCAGCGCUAUGAAAAUGGCCCAUUCUCCCCCUGGACAUCACUCAGUUACUGGGCGACCCAGUGUAAAUGGACUGGCAUUGGCAGAAUAUGUCAUUUACAGAGGGGAGCAGGCUUAUCCAGAAUACUUGAUUACUUACCAGAUCAUGAAACCUGAAGCCACCACUGAAGCUUAAGACAAAUUACAUGUGAGAAACCAUCAGACUUGGAUGUGAAGAUACCAGUGGCUGCCAUCCUGUUAACUGCAAUGAGUUGUUGGAAAAAAAAAAAAAAAAGAUCUUCCAUCCACAGGUGGUGUGGUAGCAAAUGUGAAUAAAAUCUGCCGUUUUUGACUUGA